CUUCCGGGUCGCUGCCAUGGCGUGUUGCUGAACAACAUGUGAGUUUUGAUGUCGUCAAAACGGGGAUUAGAUACGUCUUAAACAACAAACAUGGCAUCAAUGGAGGAAGACUUUCCUCGAGGAGGGACAACUAAGAAGCCCAGUGAGAGUAAGAAGGUGGUGCAGCGGGCUGAAGUGGACAACUUGUUUCAGUCAAAUGAAAAAGCAGAAACUAAGAAAAGAAAGCAGGCCACCAAGGAUGACGGCAAGAAGAUAAAGAAGCAAAAGACAGUCGAGAAAAAAGAAGAUGGCCUGACACUCAACAAAGCAGCCAAAUGUGUGGAAAUUCUGCAUAUCAAGAAUGUGAAAGAGGGCAUGCUGAUGCUGGGCUGUGUGAAGGAGGUGACAGACUUUGAAGUGAUGGUCAGCCUGCCUUGUGGCCUGCAAGGCUUCCUCAGCAUCAAAAACAUCUGCGACUCAUAUGCGAAGCUGCUCGCUGAGCAACUGGAUGCAGCUGAUACAGAGGACAUCUGCUCUUUGCCACACCUCUUCCACCCUGGCAUGGUGCUCAGAUGUAUUGUUGCGAAAUUGGAUAGAACUAAGAGAGGAUCUCUUAGCAUCCAGCUGUCUGUCAACCCAAAGCUGGUCAACAAAAGUCUCACCUCAAGUUCUCUGAAAGCUGGCAUGGUCUUGACUGGGUUUGUGGAGAGUGUGGAGGAUCAUGGCUGCAUAGUUGACAUCGGCAUCAGUGGAACUAAAGCUUUUCUGCUGAAGAAUGCCAUCAAAACUAAACAGAACAACCCUGGAGAGCUAAAAGUGGGUCAGUAUGUGACUUGUCAAGUAGAAGACGUAAAGAGCGAUAGCCGUGUGGUCCACCUUUCUGUCAACCCCGUCACCAUUGCUCAGGCCUGUGCUGAAACCAAGCAGGGCUGGAACCUCACCAACCUUCUGCCUGGCCUUCUGGUCAAAGCUACUAUUAAGAAGGUGACCAAACACGGCCUGCUCCUGGACUUCUUGUCCUCCUUUAGUGGCCAGGUGGAUGUUCUCCACAUGGAGCCAGGACAGACAUCCAGCUACACUGAGGGAGCUCAGGUGCAAGCAUGUGUGCUGUAUUCGGAACCAUCCACCCGUCUGGUGGGACUGAGCCUCCGUAGCCACCUCGUUCAGUCCGGGACUGCAGUCGACCCAGUUCCUGCUGAUGGGGACCGGAUUGGUGAGGUGGUGAAGGAGUGCAGGAUGACCUCUAUGCACCACAUGUCUGGAGCCAUGUUGGAACUGCCCAACAAAACCUUGGCCUUUGUGCAUAGUAACCACCUGAAAGAGUCUCAUGAGCCAGCUAAUGAAAACAGAGUGUUUGCCAUGCCUACGCACACCUGCAGGAUUCUGGACUUCAGCCCCAUGGACCAAAUUCAUUUUGUUAGUUUGCGCAAGAGUAUAAUCAUGAAGCCUUUUUUUCGAUACCACGAUCUCCAGGCUGGUCAGAUUGUAGAGGGGACAGUGUCAGUCCUGCUGAAUCAUGGGAUGGUGGUGCAUCUGUCUGACCACAUUAAAGGUCUGGUACCUCGGACGCACCUUUCUGACAUCGUCCUCAAGAACCCAGAGAAGAAGUACAUGGAGGGCAUGAAGAUCAAAUGUCGGGUGUUGUCUGUAGAUGCAGAGAAUAAGAAACUGUACCUGACCAGAAAGAAGGCUCUGGUGGACAGCUCCCUGCCGUUGUUCCUCAGUUAUAAUGAUGCUCGUCCUGGCCGAGUGUCUCACGGCUACAUCGUGUGCAUCAAAGACUUUGGCUGCAUCGUCCGUUUCUACAAUAACGUCAAGGGUCUGGUGCCGGUUCAUGAGCUCAGCUCCGAGCCCCUCAUCAAUCCUGAGGAAGUUUUCUAUGUCGGGCAGGUGUUAAAGGCAAAAGUUCUUCAGUGUGACCCGGAGAAGGACAAGAUGGUGCUGUCAUUUAAGGCAGCGCUAGAGGGGAAAACAGAGGAUGCUACCAAACCUCACUUUGACUGUGAGGUGGGCAAGAGGGUGGAGGCGAGGUUGCUGAAGAAGUCAGUCACUGGUUUGAAGGUGGCCAUCCUCCCCGAUGACGUCCAUGCUUUACUACCCACGAUGCACCUUUCUGAUCACAUGUCCAACUGCUCUUUGCUGUGGGAGAGCUUGCAGGAAGGAGACAUCAUCUCAAACCUAUACUGCAUCAGCAAGAACAAGCAGAAUAUUAUUCUCACCAAGAAGCCAACAGUGAGAUGGUCGAUGGAGGAAGGACUGUUUGCCAAAGACUUCUCUGAGAUCACAGUUGGAACUCAGCUGUUUGGAUGGAUCAAGAACAUCAUGUCCUAUGGCGUCUUUGUAGAGUUCCCAUACGGCCUUGUUGGUCUUGCACCCAAAUCAGCCAUGACCGAUAAGUUCCUCAGUGAUGCGACGACUGCCUUCCAGCUGGGCCAGACGGUGAUUGCUAAAGUGACCAACCUGGAUGAGGAGAAGCGACGAUUUCUGGUCACGCUGAAGAAUUCAGAGGUCAUUUCUCCGCAGGGGGACACUCAGACCAGACUCAUUAAUGGUCUGCAGGAGAGAAGAGCAGUGACUGAAAUGCUGGCUGGGAGAGGUAACGAUGAACUCCGCCAAAAUUUGGCUGCUCUGUCUGUUGGUCAGAAGCUGAAGCUGACCGUUGAUACAGUGAAGGAGGGUGCCACGUUUAUAUCUGAUGACUUGGCUGGUGCCACCAUUCAGGCCACCAAGCACCACAUCAUGGGCGUUAACCUGACCGAGGCGCAGAAGGUUACAGCGGUCGUCCUUCAUGUUGACAUCUUGUCUAGUUGUGUCCAUGUUUCCAUCCUUCCCAAGCUGUUGGAGAAGAAGAAGUCUUUGACUGAAGAAUCUAAACACACAGCGAUGGUGCAGUUCAUAGACAAAGACUUUGCUGUUGUCUCACUGGAUAAUACGGCACAGCUGACUGUGAUCCAAACAAGCACCCGCCUGAAUGAUGUAUUCCUGUCUGAGUCGGAGAAGCUUAAGGCAGGUAUGACCUUGGCAGUGGAAGUUAUAGAACCCAGCUGUGAAGAAAUACAAGGGUUCCCCCUGGUGUCGUGGGAGCGCACCGCACCAAAGCGACAGCGCACGACCUCGGAAAACCAGACGGGCUCUAAGGGUCACUGCUUCGGUGAAAUCGUGAAGGGGAAAGUGCGGACGGUGAAGCCCACCUGCAUUCAGGUUACGCUGGAGGAUGGAAGCGCUGGUAGCGUCCACGUGUCUGAAGUGGUUGAGCCUGCAGAGGUUUGUCUGGGAUCCUUCCCCACGUCGUCGGUGAAGGUGGGCAGCAUGAUCACCGCCAGAGUCAUCGGAGGACGAGAAGCCUCCAGUCACAGAUUCUUGCCAUUCUCUCAUCCCAAAUUCAGAUACACUAUUUCUGAGCUCACCCUUAUACCCAGCAAACUGGAUAAGAGUGUAGAUUUCAAACCAGUUACAGCAAAAGAAAAACUGAACAGUUACAAGGUCGGGGAAGAAAUUACAUGCUUUGUAUCAAAGUUUAAUCCAGAUAGGAAGUCUUUGGAAGUCACCACUGAUCCUUGUGUUACUGGGACAGUUGAACUGCUGGCAAUGAUCACUGAUCCAAAAGACGCCAGCCACCCACAAAAAUUGUACAAACUGGGCCAAGCAGUCCGUGCUAGAGUAGUAGAUGUCACACCUCAUCGCAUUGUGCUGUCGCUCACAGGUGUCCACAAACUGGAGAAAGGCAGCACUGCUUUGGGGAUAGUGACUAAUAUUCAGCCACAAGUUGGCCUGAUGGUUAAACUUCCCUUUGGCAGCAACGGGACUGUUGCCAUCACUGACCUUGCUGAUGCCUACAAGCCAAACCCGCUGGAUGCCUACAGCAAAGAUCAGCUUCUCAGGUGUUACCUUUUAGGUAAUGAAAAUGGCAAGUGGCAGUUGUCUCUGCGUCCAUCAAGGCUGAACCCACAGCAGGAGAAGCCAGUAAAAGACCCAGAAGUAUUGUCUGUCAGCCAGCUGAAGGAAGGCCAGACGAUCAGAGGCUACGUGAAGUCUGUCGGAGAGCAGGGAGUCUUCAUCAGGUUGUCAAGAAGCAUCACUGGAAGAGCCGAACUUCAGCAGUCCACCAAGUACUUUGUCAACAACCACGCAGUCCUGUCUACUCACCUGCCUCCCAACACACUGCUCACCACCAAAAUUGUCAGUAUUGACAAAGAGGAGGAUUUCGUCAACCUCUCUCUGCUCCCUGAGGACACCGGGAAGCCAGACAUCCUUCCAGAGUCUCUUGGUCUGCCGCUGCGUCUCAUCGGAGAGGAGAAGAAGAAACACGAUAUUAAGAAUACCAGAAAACGCAAGCUACCUGAGGGCGAACAGAAACAAGCAGAGCCUGAAGUCCCAAAGAAGAAGAAGAACAAGAACAAGAAAGCAAAAACUGAUGACAGCGACAGCGGGGUAGAGGUGUACUUCAGAGAAGAGGACGAUAAAGAAGAUGACGUAAAAUCUGUUCCUGCAAAAGAGGUGACCACCACCUCAGCAGGUCCUUCCAGACUGCAGGUGGCAGCAGGUUUUUCCUGGGACGUGGGACUGAGCUCACUGAAACCUGCCUCUGCAGCGCAGGACGGAGACUCCAGUGAUGGAGAAGACCAAGAUGGAAGCACCAAGCCCCAGAAGAAGUCUCGCCAUGAGCUGGAGCAGGAGAAGAAGGCGGCAGAGAAAGCCCUAGUACAGAGAGAGACUGAGCUGAUGGAUCCAAGCCUGCGGCCCGAGGACGCCGCUGCCUUCGAACGUCUGCUUCUCGCUUCACCCAACAGCUCGCUGCUUUGGCUCCAGUACAUGGCUCAUCAUCUGCAGGCUACACAGAUCGAACAGGCUCGUGCUGUGGCUGAGAGGGCCCUCAAAACGAUCUCCUUCAGGGAGGAGCAGGAGAAGCUGAAUGUGUGGGUGGCCCUGCUGAACCUGGAGAACAUGUACGGCACUGCAGAGAGCCUCAAAAAGGUGUUUGAGCGGGCGGUGCAGUUCUGUGAGCCCAUGCCAGUGUACCAGCAGCUGGCUGACAUCUACGCCAAGUCUGACAAAACCAAGGAGGCAGAGGGCCUGUAUAAGACGAUGGUGAGGCGUUUCCGUGACAACAAGGCGGUGUGGUUGAGCUACGGCACCUUCCUGCUCCAGCAGGGUCAGAGUGAUGCUGCUACUGCUCUCCUGCAGAGGGCGCUGAAGAGUCUACCCUCCAAAGAAAGUGUGGACGUGAUCGCCAAGUUCGCUCAGCUGGAGUUCCGUUACGGCGAUGCAGAAAAAGGUCGCAACAUGUUUGAUAAAGUCCUGUCCAGCUACCCAAAACGCACCGACCUCUGGUCCAUUUUCAUAGACCUCAUGGUCAAACAUGGAUCACAGAAGGAUGUCAGGGCGCUCUUUGAUCGAGUGAUCCACCUGAGUGUUUCUGUGAAGAAGAUCAAAUUCUUCUUCAAGCGCUAUCUGGAGUAUGAGAAGAAGCAUGGCACGCCGCAGAGCAUCCAGGCAGUCAAAGAAAAGGCCAUGGAGUUUGUGGAAGCGAAAGGCACAGAGGCUGCUAACUAAAGACCAAUUAUACAGUCACACACACCCUGUUGUGUAUGUGCUCAGACUGCAAUGUGCCACACUUGAUUUCCAACACAUUUGUGGCUGCAGAUUCUCAUACAGGUUCCUCCUCAAAGUGAUAAACAUGUUUGCUUUUUUACUGUCAUGGAUUGGUGAAACCUGCUGAACCUGAAAGUCUGUUUGAUUACAUAAUGUUGCAGAACACAACAAACCUUUGUACCGUGGGUUGUGAUCAUCUAGAAAUGUUAAAAGCAAUCCUGUAUUUCACAUUUCGUCAUCUUCCAAUUUUAACCAUUUUGUAUGAUAUAGAAUAUGAGCUAUGAAGAGACCAAUUAAUGUAAUGACUUUUAGUUUACUGCGUUUUUGAACAGAUUUGUAAAAGGUUCCUUGUGUGAAAAGUUUCUGUUAAUUAACCAGUUGACCUUUCAAUAAAUCCAACACCAUUACAAUACA